UUGUAAUAGUAUUGAGCAUGAGUAAGAGUUUUUUUCAAAGACUGACCUUGGCUGUACAAACAUAAAGACUAGCGUUCAAUUCAUUCCAUUUUCACUGUCAAGGUUAAAACCGAUAUUUUUAGCCUCAUAGGAAGUUCGCAACACUUAAAGUACAUAUACGAAAAUUUAGCUAUCAUGCCAUUCCUUGUUUUCCAUCUACCUAUACUAAUUUACUACGCCUUAUAAAGAACUAAAAUGAAAACAUUGGGUUUUAUCAGCAGGAAAAACCUCCCUGAAAUAAGCACACUGUCGAAAGUAAAUGAAGUACAUCCAUUCUUCUAAUUUAGGGUGGAUUCUCUAUUUUCUAAUCAGCCAGGGGGAACGUAGGCUGUUCCGAAAAAUCAGGAGGUUCGACCGGAAUCGGGGGCAAAUUUCUCCUAACUUUUUUUGCUAAGGAGCAAAAAAUUUGCUUCCAAUAAAUGAAUAAUCGAGUGGUUUGAAGAAAUCAGCAUUCUAUUGUAUUUCCUGAUUACAGCCUGUUAUCAAAUAGCUGCCUUUUUUUUUAUCUGGGUGUCCUUGAACAAGAAAUAAAAGACUGACUGUUCUUCAAGGUUGAAAGCUGCAGAAUGCUUUGACGAUAAUCGUUAACCCUGCCGUCGGCGAUCGGUCGCUGAAAGCCAAGGUGACACUACUUGUUUUUUAGGUCACGCAAUUAAGUAACUAAUUAUUACUCAUUAUAAAAGUGGGUAGGAUACACUAUAUUGGCUCCCCUAAGUUGUUGUUUAUUCUUCAUCCAUGGCCAUGUGUUCAUUCUAUUCGAUGUAAUUAAAAGACUCCAAGAUUUGCACUAGGGUAAGCCCUCUUUUCCGUUAAGUGAACACUAAUUCCCAUAUUGUUUACCUACAAUCGGAUACAGUGAAAUAGUGUAGCUUAACGGGACAGUCCAUGGAAGAGGGUGGGGGUUCAAAAGUUACUCGCUAUCACGAAAGCAUCGACGAUUUUAGCAAUCUAUAUGAGAAGUACCAGUUAAAUAAAUGAUAAAUAAAUAAUUCUCAUUAACCCUCUGUCGAGUAACUUAAGUUAGAGGUAGAUGAUUCCGUGAUGCAGGCCCUAACUGAGACACGCUCUAUCUGUUUGUUAGAUAAACAGAGCCUUUCAAGUGUGACUAGCGACCUUGACAUUGGGACACCAUUUCAAGUAAACAACCAAGGUUACAGAGAAGCUAUAUAAAUACUACCCGGGGUACAUCACUGGAACAAAAUUUGUUAGUAAACCUCGACUAAGCGUUCUUGUCUAUCUAGGGACAGUCGACAUGGAGGACAUAGACAGUUCAGUCUUCCAAGAAAGCUCGUUUUAUUUCGCUUGUCUUUGCUUGGCCGUUACCCUGUUGCUGCUCUUUUUGGGAUUGGCCAAAAUUUGGAGAGACGACCGUCCGCCCGGACCAUUCGGUUUACCGAUUGUCGGGAGCCUGCUUCAUCUUGGCGACUCGCCGCACCUCGCUUUAUCAAAGAUGGCCAAAGAUUACGGGAGUGUCUUUUCCAUUCGCCUUGGUUGCAGAAACGUGAUCGUCUUGAACAGACAAUGUGUCAUUAAAGAGGCUCUCUCCAAAAAGGCUGGCCAUUUCUCGUCCAGACCACCCUUUCAUUCCUUUCAAAUAAACAGCCGCGAAGGUAGGAGCAUAGCAUUCGGUGAUGUUGGUCCAUUGCACCAUCGAAACAAGAAACUUGCAACCCGUGCUUUGCAUUCUGUUUUUAGUGAUGUAAACCGCUUUAACACCUUGGUGCACCAAGAAACAGAGCAGUUGUGCAACCUAUUGACAGAGAGCACAUCCGAAGCGCACGACUUGACUCCAUACCUAAGAAAUAUGGUCAUUAACUUUGGAUUUAGACUAGUAUUUGGAGACGAUUUAAAAGAAGACUACAGCGUCCAUUUCCAGAGCCUCAUGCAGAAAGCAACUGAAUUUUCUGAGAACAAUGGUGCUGUAAACGUGCUAGACUUCUUCCCGUGGCUUCAUUUUGCGUUUAAAAAGCAGUGCAAAGCUACAAAAGCCGCAGUGGAAGAGCUGUUUGACUUUGUACGAGGUGCUUAUAGGCAGCAGCGACAUGCAAACAUUAAAGAGGCUGGUGUUAAUGUGGCGGCAUCCUUGGAUCAAAUCAUCAGAGAGGACAUGUUGAGAGCUGGAAAACACGAUAUGGCGAGCAAGGAAACCAAACAGCCAGCCGCUGAGAUGCCAUUAGACGAAGAAGCAGUGGUUACAAUGUUAGCCGACACUUUUGGCGCUGGGAUUGAAACGGUGUCUACCACGUUAUGCUGGGCCUUGCUUUUUAUCCUUUCAGCACCUGGGCUGCAAGACGACUUGCAAGCGGAACUGAAGCGCGAGAUAGGAACAGAUCGCCUUCCCACUAUACAAGACCGAGCAAAACUCCCUCUGCUACAAGCCACAGUACUGGAGGUCCUGCGAAGAUCUACUGUUCUCCCCUUGGCACUCCCACACUACACAACAGAAGACUCGACAGUCGCUGGUUACCGUGUACCGAAAGGAACUACCGUUUUGGCAAAUCUCUGGGCUGUAAAUCACGAUCCGGAUCAGUUCCAUCAGCCAGAGAUUUUCGACCCCUACCGUUUCCUCGACGCGGAGGGACAGUUUCUGUUAAACAUGCAGGCUUUUGUUCUUCCUUUUUCUACAGGUGGAAGACGCUGCCUCGGUGCUACCCUUGCUAAAGCCGAGUUGUUCAUGUUCCUCGGUUGCCUCCUACAGCGUCUACACUUCCAGCUCCCAGCAAGUAGCGAACCUCUCAACCUUGAUGGAACGUAUGGUUUGAUUCUGAAGCCUCAUCCCUUCAAGGUGGUAGUUGAAGCAAGAAGGUUUGCACAAUAACUGUCGAACCGUUAGAAGCUGUCCACCGACGAGUAGUGUUUCUUCACAGCCGCUUGACCCAACUCAUGCAUGUGUAGACAAAUAGCUCUAGAUCAUGACUUUUACAUAGUUUUCAGUAGUUAGUUUUUAUGGUAAUAUGUUUGGUGAUAUGUCAUUUGCCCCACUGAUAGAAAUUACUACUAUUGAAUGAUCGUUACUGAAAAUCGUGACGGAAAAAGAUGGGAAUAAUUGCUGUUCUCACAAACUAAACAUGUGCACCUAAUUAACCAAAGUUCAGGUUAAAAGCCCGAAUCCUUCAUUUUAUAGACAUAAGAUUACAUGGCUGGAUAGGCAAUGACUUACCUGCGAUGUGGAAAAUCCACGUCAUUCAAAACUUGGAGUAAACUUUGAAUUUGUACCACACACCACACAAACAAAACCGGCUCUUGUUUCACUAAAGAGAUUUUAAACGUGUUCACGAUUCGGUGGAGCGUGGUAGUAAGUUAGUUUGAUAACUUCACAAGCACACAAGGUUAUCGAGUAUCUUUCUGUGCGCUUUUAUGGAUCUUGAAUUUCACUGUAUUUCAGUGCCAACAACAAUUGGUAGCUAUAGCUUACGCUUGCUACCGAGCUCAGUACAAAACCAAUAAAACAUUUACUAAUUUCGUUCAUCUUUCAACAUCUUAGUCAGGAUAACUCCACUUUAAUAUAAUUAAUAUCAUGUCGAAGUUUUGGUCGAAAGGAAAUCCCUGCAGGCUAUGCAAAGGAUGUUCUAGAAGUUCAUAUUUAUAAGGAACCAUGCAGCUUUAUCCGAUGGCUCAGUAAUAUUGUGUUCUUAUGUCUUAAACAACAAAUUUAGAGUUGAUACGCUUUCAACGUACUUUAUGAAAUUUACACCCAAUUGAUUUAAUUUCACGUCCUAGUUUUCUUUUUGUUACAACAUAGGAGCAAUAUCAAAAUUUUCAAUUAUUUUGAAGUAAUAUUUAUCCGCACAGUUUGUCUCCUUGAUUGUCAUACAAAUAUAAGUGAUGUUUAAUAUUAUUUUAUGCUAAGAAUUACUUUGUAAUCUUUCAGUUUUUCUCAUAUUUUAGAAUGAAGUGUCACUACUGAUAUCAAUGACGCCGUUGCUGAUCAUGUGAAUCAAUAAGCAACUAUGAAAGGUUGAAAUAAAGUUUCCCUUUUAAGAUACA